GAUGGCCCUUGCGGUUCGGAGAUGCACCUGGCAAGGACAAGGAGAGUAGGUUUCGGGGCUCUUGCUCUUAGAGUAUUAGUAAUAGUCAACAUGUUCACGGCGACAUGCAUUUCCGUCACUCGUUCUAUCGAACCUCUCCUAAUACGCUAUUCUUGCCCCCUUCCCUCUCCCAAGUAUCUCUCUAAAUCCUAUCCUUCCCCUCUCUGGUCGUCUUCUUUCACCUUCUGCUUUCAGAAACUCCGUAAAUCCACCUCACUCUCCCCCACCUUCUGCUCCUCUUCUGUUCCGUCCAUGGUUUCCGAAGCGACAUCGAUGGUGUCCGAAGUGACACUCGAAGGAAAUCCUCUUCUGCGGGAUUUCGUUUUCCCGCCUUUCGAUGUUGUUGAAGCCAAGCAUGUCCGUCCCGGGAUUAUAGCGUUGCUUAAGAAACUCGAAAAUGAUUUGGUCGAGCUAGAGAAGACAGUGGAACCGACUUGGCCGAAGUUGGUCGAGCCGUUGGAGAAGAUUGAAGAUCGGCUCCAAGUGGUUUGGGGAAUGGUGAAUCAUCUCAAGAGUGUUAAGGAUUCUCCUGAACUCCGUUCUGCCAUCGAGGAAGUUCAGCCAGAGAAAGUUAAGUUCACACUUAAAUUGGGACAAAGUAAACCCAUAUACGAAGCUUUCAGGGCCAUCAAACAAUCUUCUGAUUGGCAGACAAUGAGUGAUGCUCAUAAGCGUAUUGUAGAAUCCAAGAUAAAAGAGGCAGUUCUUAGUGGUGUUUCUCUUGAAGACAAUAAAAGAGACCAUUUUAACAACAUUCAACAGGAGUUGGAGAAACUGUCACAAAAGUUUGACGAGAAUGUUUUGGACGCCACAAAAAGUUUUCAAAAACUUAUUACAGACAAGAAGGACAUCGAUGGAUUACCUGCUUCUGCACUUGGCUUGGCUGCACAAACAGCACUAUCCAAGGGUCAUGAAAGUGCUACUGCCGAGAAUGGACCCUGGGUAAUUACAUUGGAUGGUCCAAGCUUUCUCCCUGUUAUGCAACAUGCUCGGGAUCGAUUGUUGCGUGAGGAAGUCUAUCGUGCUUACAUAUCCCGUGCCUCUAGUGGAGAUCUCGAUAACACACCCAUCAUUGACCAAAUCCUGAAGCUUAGGUUGGAGAAGGCGAAGCUUCUUGGCUACAAUAAUUAUGCCGAGGUAAGCAUGGCAAUGAAAAUGGCCACCGUUGAUAAAGCAGCAGAGCUCCUAGAAAAGCUUCGAAGUGCUUCUUGGGAUGCUGCGGUACAAGACAUGGAAGACCUUAAGAAUUUCUCUAGAGAACAAGGUGCUGCAGAAGCUAAAGAUUUGAACCACUGGGACAUUAACUUUUGGAGCGAGAGACUUCGUGAGUCAAAAUAUGACAUAAGUGAGGAGGAAUUACGUCCAUUCUUCUCAUUGCCAAAGGUUAUGGAUGGCCUUUUUAGCCUUGCAAAGAUGCUGUUUGACAUUGAUAUAGAACCAGCUGAUGGCCUAGCUCCAGUAUGGAACAAUGACGUCAGAUUUUAUUGCGUCAAAGAUUCUUCAGGCAAUCCGAUUGCAUACUUCUAUUUUGAUCCAUAUUCUCGACCAGAUGAAAAACGUGGUGGUGCAUGGAUGGAUGAAGUUGUUGGUCGAAGUCGUGCACUUUCACGUGAUGGCACCUCUGCUAGGCUGCCUAUUGCCCACAUGGUUUGCAAUCAAACUCCUCCAGUUGGAGACAAGCCAAGUCUCAUGACCUUCCGUGAGGUUGAGACUGUCUUCCAUGAAUUUGGUCAUGCACUUCAGCAUAUGCUCACCAAGCAAGAUGAGGGUCUAGUUUCUGGUAUUCGUGGUAUAGAAUGGGAUGCUGUUGAAUUGCCUUCUCAGUUUAUGGAAAAUUGGUGUUAUCAAAGGGAUACUUUGAUGAGCAUUGCCAAACACUAUGAAAGUGGAGAGAGUCUCCCGGAAGAAGUAUAUUUGAAGCUCCUUGCAGCUAGGACUUUCCGUGCAGGUUCACUUAGCCUUCGUCAGAUACGAUUUGCAACUUUGGAUUUGGAGCUGCAUACAAAGUAUGUUCCUGGUGGUGCAGAAUCCAUCUAUGACUAUGAUCAAAGAGUGGGUAAAAGGACACAAGUGAUUCCAUUGCUGCCCGAGGACAGGUUCCUUUGUAGUUUCAGCCAUAUUUUUGCAGGUGGAUAUGCAGCUGGAUACUACAGUUACAAGUGGGCAGAGGUGCUAUCAGCUGAUGCUUUCUCAGCAUUUGAGGAGGCCGGACUGGAUAACAACAAGGCUGUUAAGGAGACUGGUCAUAAGUUCCGAGAAACCAUUCUUGCCCUUGGAGGUGGAAAACCACCACUUGAGGUUUUUGUGGAAUUCCGAGGGCGUGAACCUUCCCCAGAAGCACUUCUCAGGCACAAUGGCCUGCUAGCAGCCACAGCUUCAGCUUGAGUACUUCACUGUGUUAAUGCACAUUUGUUGGGAGACAUCCCCAUGUUGCAGGGGAGAUUCGUGGUCUUUCCCAAUGUAAGCUCUGUUAUAGC